AUGGCUGACCCUUCACAUCAUCCCAACAUUAGUCAACAAGACCACCAUCCACCACCUUCACCACCACCACCACCACCUCUGCCACCACCACCUCCACCUCCACCUCCACCUCCACCUCCUCCAUCGAUACAACCGCCGCCACCGCCGCCACCACACACAAUAUUGCACCAAGAUGAAAAACUAGAAUCUCCAAGAAAGGUUCAAAGGACCUCCACCUCUAGUGGAUCACCUAGCCGCCCAACUGGUGGAAAACACCCACUAUACCGGGGAAUAAGAAGCCGCAGUGGCAAAUGGGUGUCGGAGAUUCGCGAGCCGAAAAAGAGUACACGCAUAUGGCUAGGGACUUACCCUUUACCGGAGAUGGCCGCUGCCGCCUAUGAUGUGGCGGCGCUAGCCCUAAAAGGCAGUGAUCAUGCUGUUUUAAACUUCCCUGAUCGAAUUAGUAAAUAUUCAGUUCAGGGUUCUCCUUCACCAGCUGAUAUUAGACGAGCAGCCGCGGCUGCAGCUGCGUUGAUGAAGCCAGUGAGCAGUGAGGGGGCAGUGGGUGAACCGCAGGGAGAUGGUAGCUCUGCCAAUGCACAAGCGGAGCGUGAAUUUAUAGAUGAAGAGGCACUUUUUGAUAUGCCUAAUUUGCUGGUGGACAUGGCGGAGGGAAUGCUCGUUAGCCCACCAAGAAUCACUUCACCGCCGUCAGAUGAAUCGCCGGAAAAUUCUGAUUCAGAAAACCUGUGGAGCUACUAA